AUGGAUAAUAAAAAUAUUUAUGGCGUCAUGCCUUAUGUAGGACUAGAAACCUAUACUCAAGCAGCGGACGUAUAUACAGUAGCUUUGAGGUCGAAGAUCGCCUAUAAUCAACCAGAGACGCGAGUUGAUCUUCAGAUCACACAGAAUUUCUGCGCAACGCCGGGCUCCUUUCUAUUAAUGAAGUUUUAUCGUGCAUUCCACUACCUCUUUAUUAUCCUCAAGAUACUAGUAGAUCGAUUAGCUCAACAAAAAAUAAGUGGCUCUUGGCCUACAAGAAUAACACGAUGGAAAGGAUUUUUAGCAGAAGUAGAUCGGUACAACUUCGAUGAAAUAGAGAGACUUGAGAGACCGCAUUUUUUAGUGAUAACAUCUACACUGAGCUUUGGAAGACGAGAGCUUAUGGCGGGCCAUUUAUAUGAUAUAAUUGGGCAAAUUUACAAUUAUAUGUCAUCAUUACAACUUCAAUAUGGAGUUCUUUCAAGCUAUGAUAAUCAUUGGUUUCUGUAUCGACCAAAAAAUAACAAUACUGAGCUUCAGAUUUCUCAUUCUUGUGCAUGUGAUUCAACCAACCCACCUGUGCUUAAAUCAUACGUAUAUUUGGCUCGAUUAGCAAAGGAAGAUCCCGCAUCUCCCCAUCUUAAUAUAAAUAAUAGUAAUAGGAAACAAACUUUAGCUUUACAGCAAAGUCAACAAAAUUCUGGAAGUGGCCAUAUUUCCCAGAUUUUCAGAAGUUUGAGUAAUCCUCAUUAUAACUUGAGAAGUACAUCCGGGGAUCAGGGAUUAAAUGAAAAUCAGGAUCCAACGGAAGAGGCUAUAGGCUAUGGGCAGACUGGAGGAACUUACCGAUGUAAAUUCUAUGGGCAAACAUUAGCUUUAAAGGAUUUAGAUCUACAAUUCUUUUAUAAUAUGAAAAAUGAUAUCAAAAUAUACCAACGUCUUUCUAAAAUUCAAGUAAAGUAUAUCCCAAAAUUGUUAUGUUAUGGUUAUUAUGGGGUGGAAUGGGCUAAGUUAUGGCCGAACGUCACGCCAGAAACAUUAACAACAGAUGAGGUAGUUGAUACGGUAAAUAAAUUUAGGAAGAAUUUACUGGGUGAAGAUCUGCCACAAAACCUAUCGACUUCAAUCAAAGAUUACACCUCACCAGAACAGGGUAAGAAGCGUAUCAUUGGAGAACAAGGUGAUAGGAGUAAGGUAGAGGAUGCUGAAAACGAAGGAGGAGAAUAG